AUGGAGACCCGGUCUGUAGUGCUUGAGGAGCAUGUCGACUCGGAAUACGAGCCAACGGAGCAGGAGAUUCUAGACUAUUCCGAAUGGCUUGGAAUGGACCUGGAGAACGACAAGGACUUGAUGUGGAUUGCCAGGGCCGGCCUGAAGGUUCCCCUGCCUCCGCCGUGGAAACCCUGCACCACUGGAGAAGAGAACGAGGUGUUUUACUUUAACUUCGACACUGGCGAAAGUGUUUGGGACCAUCCGUGUGACGAGUACCAUCGCAUGCUCUACAAGAAGGAGCGUGCGAAGAAGUCGGCAACUCAGAGUUCGGAUCCUGGCUGUGAGACCAUAGCCAGCCACAUCCAACCACCACCCGUUGCCAAAGAUGCUACGGCCGUGAUUUGCAAGCCCAUCAUGAUGACGAACAAUCCAGGACACCUGGGCCAGCAUGGGUUUGCCACCGGAGAGACCUACGAUGCCCGGGUGCCCGUUGUUACUGGCCAUGUGGUGUCCGGGCCUGGUGGCGCCAUGCCCAGCGAGCUCGCCCACGCUCCCUGGUCUCCGCCGUGCGGGCCUGGACCUUCUCACGCUCCCGGCAGCUUUGUGCUGGUGGUGGAAAGCGCGAAGGACCUGUACGAUCUGGAUUGGACCGGGAAAAUGGACCCGUACAUCAAGGUUCGCCUGGGUGGUCGGGAAUUCCGCACCCAAGUGAUGACCAAUGCGGGCAAGAAGGCGAAGUUUCACUGGACGCAGAUAAUUGACUGGCGAGGUGAGCCGGACGUCCACUUUCUUGCCAUGGACAGCAACAUGCUGGUUGCCGAUGGGCUUAUAGGAGAAGCCGUAUACAGAGGGCUUCCGCUGCAUUCCGACUUUGAAGGAACCUUGGAGCUAAUGCGACCCCACGCUUUUGGUGGCUGCAAGAAGGCAGGGAAGCUGAAGAUCGAAAUCACCUGGCAGCGUGGAAGGCCUGAAGCUCACGGCUCUGGCGGUUACGGACCCGGCGCCGCCAUGCCUGGCCCUCCUCCCUACGGCCCCCCGGGCCAUGGUGGGCCUGGCAUGCCCGGCAUGCCCUACGCGCCUCACGGGCAUCACGGGCAUCACGGCUACGGACCUCCCCACGCAGCCGCAGGGGGCAUCAGUGCCGCAGCUGCCGGGCACAUGCUUUUCCAAGAGGCGUUCGGCUUUGGAAAGAAGAUGAAAAAGCACAAAAAGGAAAAGAAAGAUAAAAAGGAGAAAAAGUUCAAGGUCAAGAAGAUGAAGAAGUCAGCACAGUUCCAGUUCCUCCUCCAGCUCCAGCAAGUUGCAAUUAGCGAGUUACUUAGCUCUUCCAUACGGCUUCUUACACGACGGUCGCAGCUGAAGCACCUUGAUGAGGAUAGGUACGGCCUCCCGUUCGAUGAAGCGGCGUUGGAGGAUCUGGCACAGCGUCUCGGCCUUUCUCAGAAGGAGGAGGACAGCGGUGACCUUCUUGACGACAGUGGUAGUGUCGGCAGGAGCGCCAGCGCCAGCGGCGGCAUGCUGGGUGGAGGUGACCUUGAGAAAAAGAAGAAGAAAAAGGAACGUCGGCUCCGCAUUUGCGCCUUGCUUGAGUGGAAGUUCCGGCAGGAGAAAAAGGAGAAAAAGUCGAAGAAAGAGAAGCCCGAAGACAAGGAAGAUGAGGGCCGCAAGAAGGUCAAACGGAGGCAGUGGUUCUUUUGCAAAGGCCAGUCCAAGAUCUUCUUUAGCGCAGAGUGUGACGUACUGCGAUCGCGAAAGGACAGGGUUCCAAAGCUCUCGAUGGGCCGUCAUUUCCUCAGCACAUCCACAGCAUUCCGCGUCUCCUUUCCUCACCUCGCAGACUCGCAGAGGCCGGCUGUGAACUCCAUGGCGGACCGAGCUCAGGCCGUAGUCACGGCAGUCGAUGCUGGCUGGCUACCCAGCUCAGCAUGGCACAACUUCAGUACUACCAAGCUCAUCCAUGAAGGCCAAGAGCAGCUGGAACAAGAGAAAGCCAGGCUCGAAGAGCUUCAUCAGAAGAACAUCGCCGCCUUGCAGGCAGAGCAUAAAGCAAAGUUGGCAAAGCAUCGGCGGGAGCUGCAAGCAGAGUUCGAGUUGGAGAGAGAUCGAACCUUCAGCGAACUGCAGGAGAAGCACGAGAAGCAGGUGCGAGAAGAAAGGGCUCGAUUGCAACAGGAGCUGGCCUCCAAAAAAGGGAAGAUGAAGCAAGAGAUCGAAGCACUGGCAAAGUCUGAGGAAGAGUUGCAGAAGAAGCUGAGCGAAUCACAGGCCGAAGCGACGCGCUUGCGAUCUGAGGCGGCGAGUCUCGGAAGGAAGUGUUCUGCCUACGACGAGCGUGUGCGCAGGCUUGAGGAGGACAUGAAGGAAUGUCGCAAAGAGGCUUCCCAUGUGCGCACAAGCGCCAGUACAGAUGCCAAAGAAGUUGCGAGCCUGAAGGCACAACUCGACAGCAAGAAUGUGGAAAUCGAGCAGAUCAAGGCUGGUGCAACGUCAGCUUCUGAGCGACUGGCGAAGUGGGAGGAAGAGAUGCAGCGUCUUCAAGACUUGGCUCAAGACAAUGACGAGGCGAAGGCACGGAUCGAGCAGCUGAUGCAAGAUCUGGAGGUCAGGGAAACGCAGCGUGCUGCGCUGGAGCAACAGAACAAGGACCUGAGUCAGAGCCAAGACACGGAGGAACUCUCGAAGCAGAAGGCAAAAGUCGCUUCUCUGGAGGCUUCUCUGAUGAGCGAGGUAGAGGCCAAGAGCAAGUUGCAAGCCAAGUUUUCCGAAGUUCAAUCCGACCUGGCCAAGGCAUCAGGAAACCGCGCGCAACUUGACGAGCUCCGCAGAGAACUGGAUGCGAGGACUGCAGAGCUUGCUGAAGCUCGCAAGGCUCCUGUGACCGACUCGGAGUUGAGGCAGGCGAAAGAUGCUCUCGAGGAGGAGAAGAGGAUAUCGUCGCAAGCUUCGGCGGAUGUCCUGCGUUUCAAGGAAGACCUCGCCAGCCUGAAGGCGGAGUUGGCAGAAGAGCGUGGCCUGAGUGGCACCAGCAAAGCCGAGGCAGCGUCGGCAAGCGGUGAAGCUUCUCGGCUUCAGGCCGAGCUGGCUGCGCAGUCAAAGGAGCUCCAACGGCUGCAGGAGCUGCUGGAUCAGCAAGGUCUCCAGGCCCAAGAGGAGCAAUCCCGGUUGAUGCGACGAGCAAACGACGAGAAGGAGCUACGUACCCAAGCCCAGGCAGAACUUGCCAGUGCACAGCAAGAACUGGCGAUCUCGAAGGGAACUCUCUCCGCGCGGGAAGGCGAGUGCAAGCGCCUUCAGGACAAGAUCGGAGAUGCUGUCGGUCAGCACGAGGAACUCAGGAGACUGCAGACAAGCCUUGAGCAGGCGACCUCACGUGCGACGAAUCUCAAGAGCGAAUUGGAUGCAAGGACAGCAGAUUGUGUCCAGCUACGCGCAGAGGUGCAGCAGCAAGAGCGCCAAGCCGCCCUCAGAUCUAUGGAGGAGGCCUCCCUCAAGGCCGAGUUGGACACAUGGCGUGCAGAAUGCGACCGCUGGCAGAGCGAGUCCGACGUGCCGAAGAUGAAGGCCUUGCUCGAGGAGGAGAAAGCCAGCCUGAGCGGCAUGAAGGCCGAGGCUGCGGAGACAAUGGCGCAAUGCAAGGCUCAGGCUGCAGCAGCUGCGGCAGAGCUGGAGGCGCGAUCGAAGGAGUGCGGGCGGCUGCGAGCAGAGCUCCGGGCAUGCAGGCCGAGUGGUGCCCUCCCACAGGACGAGGUGCGGGAGCUCGUCUCGCUCCGCGCAAGGGUCCUGGACCUGGAAGCCGAGGUGGAAGCGAUGCACCAGGCUCAAAAGCCGGCUGCCGACCUCGAAGAGUCCAAGACGCUGCGCUCCAUGGUCAAGGACCGCGACGACACAGUCUCGCGACUGAGAGCAGACUUGGUGCAUGCUUCUGCCCGGCACUGCAAAGAAGUGGAGGAGCUCCAGGCCAAAGUGAAUGAAGCUCGCUUGGAAGAGAGGCAACUUCGGCACGACGACAAUGGCUUCGUCGUUUCCGAUCUGAAGGCGCAGCUUCGCGCAAGAGCAUCCGAAGUGGAGCAGCUGCACUCCGAGGUCAGAGCUAGCAUGAGCGAGCUCGAGCGCACUCGAGCAGAGGCUCGUCAUGCCGAGGCUAGAGCAGCUGCGCGAGAGAUCUCCAGUGUGGAAGCAGCCAAGGUGAUGGUCACCGACGACUGGAAGCGCGAAGUGGACCGCUUGCAGGUGGAGCUACAAAAGAGCGCCGCUGAUAUCGCUGCGGCCAAAGAAAAGGCUGAAAGGGCCAACCGAGAGGUUCGCCGCCUGCAGCAAGAGGAGAGCAGAGUAGCGAAGAGCCAGGAGGCAUUGCGAGGAGAACUGGAGCAGGCACAAGACAACAACAGAGUCAUCCGGGAGGAGAUGGCUGAUGCCGAACAUCGCUGCGAGGAUGCGCGUUCCAUGGUGCGAGCAGAACGCACCAGCCGCACCCAUGCCGAAACGCAGGUGCGAGAAUACCAACGAGAAGCAAGAGCGCUCAAGGCUCAGCUGCAGGAGAGGGCUGCCGAAGCCGAGAAGUUCCGAAGUGAGGCGAGGAACAAGAGCUACCAGCUUGAAGAUAAGGAGCUGGAAGUUUCCCACUUGCAGGACCAAAUCCAGUUCCUAGAAGACCAAUUGCGAGCACGCCGCCGGGAUCUGGCGGAGAAGGAGGACUGGGAGGCUCAGACGAUUCAGAAAGACGGACCCCUGGACAUCACAGGCUUAAAAACCGCGGUUGAGCUGUCACAGCUAUCCCAAGCUCAGGGGAUGGGCGAUCUUGAAGUGGAAGAACAAGAUGCAACGCUCUCACCUUGUGAUGCAGGGGUUCCGACCGACGGAAGCGCGCCGCCAAACUCUCCGGUGCAGGAGAGAGAAGAUAUGUCGCCACCGGCUGCAUGGCAAGAAAGAGCAGAAGAAGAGGCUCGUGCCGGAAGCCCACCAGGGGCUGAAGCUGCGGCAGGAUGCGUCCCGGAUGAGGCUGCGGCUUACUUGCAAGCCAAGCGCAGAGAGCUCCAGACGGAACACAUGACAGUGGAGAGGUUGAGGCAUCAGUGGAAGCAAGACGCGGACCGGCUUCGCUCUGUCAGUGGCAUGGCACGGGAGCAGGUCCUGCUCCAGGAAGCUUGCACUGCCCUAGGCGACCGGGCUGCUGCGCUCCAAAGGGCCUUGGCAGAGCACAGUGCUUUGGAGCAAGCUCUGCAUGCAGGUACUCCCGAAGGAGAUUACAUGGCCUUUCCAAGAACAUCACCCCCUGCGUUGGGUAUCACUGGCAAUCCUACGAAUGUCCUGAAGGCACGCAGCGACUCCGGUGAUACGCCCAGGUCGACAGCCCAGCUGUUGCUGUAUGCAGGCCUUCCCAUAGUCGCGCCCCCGAAGAGCCACCUCCAAGCCUGCCGAAGAUUGGGGCACCCGACCCCUCGAGAGUGA